AUGGGUAAAGGGGGUACGCUUAGGACUGCAAUCCGUGGGGUUGGAGGAGGAAUUCAAGAUGCUUUCUCCAGGGGUAUCUCCAUCAACACGAACAAGCCCAUUUCUCAAAUUCUCGCUCUGUCCUCCUCUUCGUCUUCUUCUGCUUCUACUUCACUCAACCUUCCCGUGUCGGAAACUUCUCCUACCGUACCGAACUGGGACUCUUGUGCUUCUUCCCACUACUUUUGUGAUGGUGAUGAAUGGGAAUGGGAGUCUGUCAAUGGAGGAGUCGUCGACCAUGAACACGACAGAGCGAACAUGAUUUUUGAUAAUUAUGUUUUUGGUGCCGUUCCUUCUCAGAACGAAGUUGAAGAUGCCGUCUCCUCUCUUAAACAGACUGUUGCCCCAGCCUUAUAUUCGCGAUUCUGUGAAGAUCAAAGUUUUUCUAGUUUGGACAAGGAUGUAACUGAUCAUACUGAAGAUCCAGCCAGGUCAGAGUUGGAUUGGAUUGAGCCUACCUUGCAUCUUUACAAUCCAAGACUGUCUCAAUCUCAUCAGUAUGGACGGGUUUAUGAUGCUUUCCAUUUACUGCAGACAGAGCCAUCUAUUCAGAGAAUGGUCAUUUCAUUAUCUUCCGAUAAAGCUGUUUGGGAUGCUGUCUUGAACAAUGAGGUGGUGAAGGAGCUCAAAGAGUCAUUCUGCAUAGUUGAAGAUGCUAAUUCCCAGAGAUCUGAUGAAAGUCCAGACAGAGCAGCAAGCAUACUGAAGUGGAUAUUGAACAACACGAAGGCAAAAGUUCUGGAACUAAUUGAGAAGCUUAGACAGCUCGUGAAUGAGGUGUUUCAACCCCCUCAGAAGGAGAAAAACACAUCAGCAACCACAGAUCUCUUUGAAAACAGGCUGAGAACUUCUCUUCUACUCUCCAUUGUGGUUCUCCUGAUUGUGGUUGUGACUCGAGCCCACAGGGUUUAAUUUGCCGACAUGAAACAGGGUUCAUUCCAUCAUUCGACGACAUGAAACCUGGGAGUCGCUUUCCCGGCCAUCUCCCUACUUUAAUGUGGAUAUCAUACCUUGAUUUUU